AUGGCUGCUUCCGGGAUUCAUUGUGCGCAGAUUAAUUUGCAUCAUUGUAAGGGCGCUUCGGCGAUUUUAGCCAAGAGCUUGACAAAGAUGCAGACAGCUUUAGCCUUUAUUCAAGAACCUUGGGUUUUCAAGGGGAGAAUUAGAGGUCUGAACGGCUGUGGUGAGCUGGUUAGUUUACCACAGGAACCAGUUCCAAGGGCGUGUCUGAUCUAUAAAGGUCUAGAUGCUUUCCCACUUUUGGAAUUAACUACUAGGGACUUAGCUGUAGUUAAAGCUAAGUAUCUAGAAAAGAACGGAAAUAAAAGGGAGGUGGUAAUAGCGUCCGCUUACUUUCCGGGAACAGGGGAUGAACCUGCACCACCAAGAGAGGUGGAGAGGUUGGUAGAUUACUGCCAAAGGCGAGGGCUUCCCUUGUUAAUAGGGUGUGAUGCUAAUGCGCAUCAUGUUGUUUGGGGUAGCACAGACAUUAAUGACAGAGGCAGAAGACUUUUAGAUUUUCUGUUAGAUACAGAUUUAGACAUUUUAAAUCAGUGUAAUGAGCCGACUUUCGUUACUGUUAACAGAAAAGAGGUGUUGGAUAUUACGAUCUGUUCCAAGUCUUUGUGUGAGGGCGUGAGGGACUGGAGGGUGUCUGAUGAGGAUUCUCUUAUUACGUUUAGAUUGGAAUCGAAGGAUCGGGAACAGAAGUGGGGUCGUAAACCUAGGAGUACCGACUGGGCUUCAUAUAGUGAAGACCUCAGGGCCUCCAUGGCAUGCUUCCCCACUUCCUAUGGAACGAUGGAGGAGUUAGAGCUUGCAGCGGAAUAUCUGCGAGAUUCUAUUAUCUGGUCCUUUGAAAGGAACUGUGUAGUUAAGAAAAUGGGCUUCAAUGGGGGCGGUAAAUGGUGGACCCCCCGUUUGGAGGAACAUAGGAAAACCGUAAGAAAGCUCUUUAAUAAGGCUAAGAAACGUAGGCAUCAGCGAGCAUGGGAUGAAUAUCAUACCGCUCGCGAUUCUUACAAGAAAGAAGUAGAGAGGGCAAGGGGUGUCAGCUGGAGAAGUUUUUGCGAGGGAAUCGAGAGGGUACCAGAAGCUUCAAGGCUUCAUAAAGUACUAGCUCGAGACCCAAUGGCAAAAUUAACUACUAUUAAGCUGCCUAAUGGGCAGUAUGCCCAGGAUAAAAGGGAGUGUCUAAAGCACUUGAUGGAGGUAAACUUCCCGGACUUUAGAGAAGGUCUGGAGAACAGCCAUGGCAUAGGACCAGGUAGGAACCGAGGAUAUCGGGAACACUGGAAACUAGCAGCCAGGGUUGUAACUCCGGAAGGGAUUGAUUGGGCAAUAAGCACUUUCAAACCAUUUAAGGCUUCAGGGGGGGACGGUAUAUAUCCGGUUCUUUUGCAAAAGUGA